AGAGAUAAUUUAACUUAAUCAGGGAAAGUUUUUUUCUUGCAAAAAUGAAGGAAACAAGACUUUGUUUACGAGAAAGAUCUUGAUUGACUUGUUGGUCAGAAUAGAUUAUAGAAAAAAAAAUAUUCACAUGGGUUUUUGGCAGUUGAACUUGGACUGGAAAUUUUGCUCUUUUCAAGGCAUCCAAGCAAGUCUCCUUUCAACGAGGAUUAGAGAAAAUGAAGGAGAUGGGAAUCCCUGUGAUAGACUUUGAUGAGCUCAAUGGGGAAGAAAGGAGCAAAACGAUGGAUCUUCUGCACCAAGCUUGUGAGAAAUGGGGAUUCUUUCAAGUUGAGAACCAUGGAAUUGAUAAACAGCUGAUGGAGAAAGUGAAGCAAUUGAUAAAUAAAUACUAUGAGGAAAAUUUGAAAGAGAGCUUUUAUAAGUCAGAGAUGGCUAAAAGCUUAGAGCAAGAUAUUACCUCUGAAAAAGACUGGGAAAGCUCCUUUUUCAUUUGGCAUCGCCCCACAUCUAAUAUUGAAGAUAUUCCAAACCUCUCAGACGAUCUUCGCAUAACAAUGAAUGAGUACAUUCCUCAGCUGAUUAAGAUGGCAGAGAAACUUUCUGAGCUCAUGUGUGAGAAUCUUGGUUUGAAGAAGGGUUAUAUAAAGGAUGCAUUCUGUGCUGGCAAGGGUCCUUCUGUGGGGACAAAAGUUGCAAAGUACCCUCAAUGUCCUCAGCCAGAACUUGUUAGAGGACUUCGAGAGCACACUGAUGCUGGUGGGAUCAUACUCUUGCUCCAAGAUGACCUAGUUCCAGGUCUCGAAUUCUUCAAAGAUGGAGAAUGGGUUGCAAUUCCACCAUCCAAGAACAACAGAAUCUUUGUGAACAUAGGUGACCAAGUGGAAGUGUUGAGUAAUGGAAGGUACAAAAGUGUUUUGCACCGUGUCAUGGCAGACAAAAAUGGAAGUCGACUGUCCAUUGCUACCUUCUAUAAUCCUGCUGGUGAUGCAAUUAUCUCACCAGCUCCCAGACUCUUAUACCCCAAUCAUGUCCGCUUUCAAGAUUACCUGAAGUUUUAUGCUACCACAAAGUUUUCUGACAAGGGCCACAGAUUCGAGUCCAUGAAACAAAUUGCAUAAUAGGUUCCUUUCCUAAAAGUGGAAAUUAAAUAAAUUUUGCGUCCCUCACUCAUGGGUUUUUUCUUUUUUCCUUAUUUGAUGUUAUGUCAUCUACAUAAAAGACCACUCAGAGAGAAGAAAAAAAAAAAGAAAGGAGAUGCUUGGCAACUGGAUAAUGUAUUUCUUUUCUCUCUCUUCUUUUGUUCUAUUUUUCUGUUUGUUUGGGGAGUUCUUAAUAGAAAUAAUGGUAUCUCUUAUGCUUUCAAGAUGAGGCAAUAUAUGUUUUUAUCGAUUCUCUUUCGUUAAUAUGAUUAAGACUUGUUGAGGGAUAUA